AUGGCUGAGCAGACUGAGGAUUUCUCCUCGUUACCCUUACCGGACCGGUUUGCUCAUAAGAACUGGAAAGUGAGAAAGGAGGGCUACGAAGAAGCCACCAAGCAGUUCCAAAAGUCUCCAGAUGAAUCCGACCCGGUGUUUCGACCGUUCUUGCAAGAUCCCGGCCUGUGGAAGGGGGCUGUCGCGGAUUCGAACGUUGCCGCCCAACAGGAAGGUCUCGUGGCAUAUUGUGCCUUUCUAAAAUACGCUGGCUUGCAAGCAUGCUCAAGGACACGAAGCAUAACCGCUGUUCCUAUAGUAGAGAAGGGACUUCCUUCCACACGACCUGCCGCGAAGACAAACGCACUGGAAGCGUUACUGCUGUUUAUUGAACUGGACAAACCAGACCUAGUGAUCGAAGACAUCACUGGGACCCUGUCCCACAAGCAACCCAAGGUUAUUGCGGCUGCCUUAUCUGCCCUCACGGCAAUCUACCAUAACUACGGCUGCAAAGUUGUCGACGCUAAGCCAGUGCUAAAGUCACUGCCCAAAGUUUUCGGUCAUGCGGAUAAGAAUGUUAGAGCCGAAGCCCAAAAUUUAACGGUGGAGCUCUACAGAUGGCUGAAAGAGGCAAUGAAACCUCUGUUUUGGGGUGAUCUGAAGCCGGUGCAGCAGCAAGACCUGGAAAAAUUGUUUGAGACUGUGAAGCAAGAACCGGCACCAAAGCAAGAAAGAUUUACACGAGCUCAACAGGAAGCCAUGGCGGCCGCGAGUGCCCAACCCGACGAGCCUGGAGAGGGCGCCGAUGCUGAAGAGGACGUCGCCGAGGGAGAGAUUGAUGCUUUUGAUCUUGCAGAGCCCGUUGAUAUCAUGGCAAAAGUACCCGCUAAUUUUCAUGAAAAUGUAGCAUCAUCAAAGUGGAAAGAUCGUAAGGAUGCUAUAGACGCUCUUUAUGCAGUUGCCAACGUUCCACGAAUCAAAGAAGCGCCGUUUGAUGAAAUUAUGCGAGUACUAGCGAAAUGCAUGAAAGAUGCCAAUAUUAUGGUCGUUACGGUGGCAGCAAACACAAUUGACGUUCUCGCCAAAGGCCUACGCAAGGGAUUCGGGAAAUAUCGACCAGUGAUAAUGGCACCUAUUAUGGAGCGUCUAAAAGAAAAGAAGCAGACUGUUGCAGAUGCUCUUGGGCAGGCACUAGACUCCGUAUUCGCGUCGACGGACCUCUCCGAUUGUUUGGAGGACAUUCUGGAGUUUUUGAAGCACAAGAACCCUCAGGUAAAGCAAGAGACGCUGAAAUUUUUAAUACGCUGCCUCCGCAACACUAGAGAUGUUCCCUCCAAAGCAGAGACAAAAUCAAUAGCUGAAGCCGCUACUAAGCUGCUCACAGAAUCUAGCGAAGUAACCCGUUCCGGUGGUGCUGAGAUCCUGGGCACUUUGAUGAAGAUUAUGGGAGAACGAGCUAUGAACCCCUACCUCGACGGACUCGACGAUAUCAGAAAGACUAAGAUCAAAGAAUUCUUCGACACGGCACAAGUAAAGGCUAAGGAUAGGCCAAAGCCCAUAAUUGGCCCCCCAAAGACUGCACCUGGUCCUGCACCCAAGCGUACGGUUGUCAAGAAGCCAGGUGCAGGUCUCAAAAAGCCUGCUCCCGUUUCAACGGAGCCACCAGCUGAAGAAGCUCGCGCGGCUAUUUUAUCACCCACCCGAGCGAAACCAGCAACCAAAGGAAUUCCUUCGAAGCUCGGAGGUAUACCCAAGUCUAGCGGCCUUGCGACUCCUGGCGCUGGCCUCAAACUUCAAAGAAAACUUGGGGGUCCAGGUGGAGCAGUUCCUCAGCUAUCAUCGCCUCAACGUCGCACAAUAUCUCCGCCAGUGGAAGAGCCUACGCCGGCAGCCCAACCCGCUCCUAGCCAACCCAAGUUUGGAAUCGGACGAGGUCUUGCAGGUCGACCGAUUGCGAAACCUACUGCCCCUGAAUCUGCCCCUCCAUCCAAUCCUGCGUCCAAUCAAGGGCCCCCCGGCUUGUCUGUGAUCGAGCGCGCAGAGUUGGAAGAACUUCGAUUAGAGAAGGAAAGGUUAUCAAAAUUGACAGAAGAUCUGCGCUCAGAACGUGCGAAGCUCAACUCGGAAAUCAACGAAUUGCAGAAUCAAAAUGCACAAUUAAUAGAAGACCAUACCAGAGAUGUUUUGAGCAUAAAAGCUAAAGAGACUCAACUCGUGCGCGCAAGGAGUGACGCUGAAGCAGCUGAACAAACAGUCCAGAAACAGCAACGAGAGAUAGAUCGCUUGAAACGGGAAUUAACAAGGGCGAUGCGAGCGAAUGCGGCGAGCCCACCAGAGCCAUAUACGGAUCAUUUUGGCCUAAAUAUGGGAAUUAACGAAGCCAAUGCUGGGAUAUAUCAGGACGACAACCGCAGAUCAAGCAUACAUAUGGCGCCUAGGUUUGAUGGUGCCCGACCAAGAAGUUACAUUUCAUCUAGCCCGAGCGAGGAAAAGGAAAACAAUGGUUUGACAUCACCUGGUCUGACCUCAAGAUUCGCGAGUCAGCGGAAAUUUAGCCCUCCUGUGGGAUCGACAUAUUCUUCAGGAAGAGGCAGUCCCGCCCGAACCUCGACAAGGGCUGGUGCGACAGGCGCCGACGGGAUAACGUCACAGGGUGAACCGGCUGAGAAUUGGAGGAGAGCGGCCGAAGUUACGAGUCAGUUGAAAGCUAGAAUAGAGCAGAUGAAGGCAAGACAAGGCUUGUCACGACCGCCUCCGUCACAUUGA